AAAACGACCCGAGGGAGGAAGAGGAGGAGGUGACGAGGUGUAGCGGUUCAGGAGGUGAUGGCGCUCAAUCGGCGGGGAGGAGGAGGGGACCCAGACGAGGGGGUGGUGGCGAGAGUAUCUAGCUCGAUCCAGCAGUCGCUGAUUUUUCAGAAGGGCAGGGAAGCGGCGUCGGCGACGGCUGUCUGCGGCCUCAAGCUCCUGCGCAGCACCGGCAAAGCCGCCUGGAUCGCCGGCACCACUUUCCUCGUGCUCGUCGUCCCGCUCAUCAUUGAGAUGGAUCGGGAGCAGCAGAUGAACGAGCUCGAGAUGCAGCAGGCCAGCCUUCUCGGCGCCCCUUCAUCGAUGAUGCCCCAGCCCAAGUGAUCAGUUCGACAUUCACUGCCAUUUCUUGCACACCGUCUUCUCUCUAGGAUGUAGUACUUGACUGGAGUUUGCCUUUUGAUUCAACAGCUGAUGUUGGGGACCCUUGUUGGCUGGGGAAGGUCGAUUUCGAUUUGCCGGGAUUUGGGUAUCUAGGGUUUGGGGUUGAAGCCUUCGAGGGAAUGCUGGUUUCGUGUGAGUCUUAUUGGGUAUAGUUGUUGAGUACUGUUUACCUGAAUGACAGAAGUGUUUCUUUAAAUCUCGGCUGCUUUCUGUAAAAUUAGGAUUUGGGUGUAUACCUGUGCCUGUGCCCAUUUCUGUGUUUUUUACUUGCUUGGUUUGUUCUUGUGGAAAUCGUUUUAUUUUUUGUUGAGGAAGUAAGUUCUUCUGCAGUUUAUUAUGGAAAAAAUUACAGGGAGUUGCACUA